AGAAUCCCCCCCGGAUAUUGAAGGAUGGAUCUCCAGCUCAUUUUGCCUAAUGGUAACCAGGAGCCAGCAGCCACUCCUGAUGCAAUGGUGCAGCCAUUCACCACAAUCCCGUUCCCGCCACCCCCACAGAAUGGGAUCCCCACGGAGUACGGGGUGCCCCACACUCAGGACUAUGCAGGCCAGACCAGCGAGCACAAUCUGACGCUCUACGGGAGCACGCAGCCGCACGGAGAGCAGAGCACGAACACGGCCAGCACGCAGAACGGAUCCCUUGCACAGACAGAAGGAGGGGCACAGACAGAUGGACAGCAGUCUCAGACACAGAGCAGUGAGAACACCGAGAGCAAAUCCACUCCAAAACGGCUUCAUGUGUCUAACAUUCCCUUCCGCUUUCGGGAUCCUGACCUUCGACAGAUGUUUGGGCAAUUUGGCAAAAUCCUUGAUGUAGAGAUCAUCUUUAAUGAGCGUGGCUCCAAGGGAUUCGGGUUCGUAACUUUCGAGAAUAGUGCUGAUGCAGACAGGGCCAGGGAGAAAUUACACGGCACCGUGGUAGAGGGCCGUAAAAUCGAGGUUAACAAUGCCACAGCACGAGUGAUGACCAAUAAGAAGAUGGUCACACCGUAUGCAAACGGUUGGAAGUUGAGCCCUGUGGUUGGAGCGGUGUACGGCCCUGAGUUGUAUGCAGCAUCCAGCUUUCAAGCAGAUGUCUCGCUGGGCAAUGACGCCGCAGUGCCCCUGUCAGGAAGAGGGGGUAUUAACACUUACAUUCCUUUAAUCAUUCCAGGCUUCCCCUACCCAACUGCAGCGACCACCGCGGCCGCGUUCCGGGGAGCCCACCUGCGGGGCCGAGGAAGGACGGUCUAUGGAGCAGUCCGGGCGGUCCCUCCAACAGCCAUCCCUGCCUACCCAGGUGUGGUUUACCAGGACGGAUUUUACGGUGCUGACCUCUAUUUGACUGAAGAAAUGUUAACAUCCCGCUCUAAAUCUCUCAGUGGAGUCUCUGUUCCCUUCUCUGAUAUAACAGAUGGGGUGGAUACGCAGCCUACAGAUAUGCACAGCCUGCUACUGCAACAGCAGCCACGGCCGCUGCCGCCGCUGCAGCAGCUUACAGCGAUGGUUAUGGCAGGGUGUACACAGCAGAUCCUUACCAUGCCCUUGCCCCUGCCGCUAGCUACGGAGUUGGCGCUGUGGCGAGUUUAUACCGAGGUGGCUACAGCCGAUUUGCCCCCUACUGAAGUGACGUGAGCCCCCUGCAAGUGGGACAGCCCCCCCAGUUCAUGAGGCCUGGCUAUUGCAAUAUUUACUAGUAGAGGAACUCUAUAGCAAGACGAGGAGGAAAAACAAAAAGCAAAAGAGAAAAUACUUUUUUAUACCUCACUAUGUUCUUUGAAUAUGUAUUUUUUCCU